AUGGCUAGCACGGUUUCGUACUACUACGUGCGCACGGCUCCAAGGGCCGCGCCAGCCGUCGUGACGACGCCAGUGAUACAGAUCUACGUCGUGCCACGAGCCGUGGUGGCGGCGACACCGCCGGCGGGCCACCAGUCCUUCUGGCCCAAUUUUCCCGUCAAGGCUGCCAACGUGCCCUUGACACGACCCGUGGCUGCCGCCACCAGGUCGCUGGCGCCUGGCCCAGCGAAGAUGGAGCACAUGCAGGUCCGCGUGGUGCAGACGACGGCGAACACCGUCGUCUCUGCACCCAGGCGCUUUGUCCCUGGCCCACCGACCAAGGAGUCCUUGCAAGGCUCGCUUGUGCAGACUGCGACGAAGACCGUCGUCUCUGCACCGAGGCCUGCGACUGGCGCCGGACUCGUGGGGCCGAACCUCGAAGUGCCCCUGAGCCAGGGGGUGGAGAAGCUCGCGCCUCUGGAGGUGGACGAACUCCUCCGCGCAGGGCAGUGCUUGGUCGUGGACGUGCGGGCGGCAGACCGGGCCUCUGGCCACAUCAAGGGGUCGGUGCACGAACCCACCAGCUUUCAGGCUCCCCUUUUGAAUCGGGUGCCGGAGCUGGUGGCGAAGUUCUCGAAGGAGAAGCUGGUCAUCUUCCACUGCCAGUACUCCAUGCACCGUGGCCCCCAGUGUGCAAACUGGUAUCGCCAGCAGGCGCCGACUUCGCAGCGAGUGGCCGUGAUGGAGGGUGGCUUCCGCGGCUGGGAACGCCAGCGAUUGCCGGUCGUCCACGAGCAACCCAUGGAUGCCCAAGUGCAGGCGAAGGCAGACGUCUAUGCGCUCUCGAUGGGAAGGCGUGUGGCAGGCGCUGGCGCGUGA